GGCUGUGGUACUAGUUUAGGAAAUACUUUGUUAGGGUGGUGCUUAUAAAAUACCCAGGGGUCCUGUAAUUGAUCAAUUUCCCCCCGGAGGUUUUCUCUCCCAUACUGUAUUGGCUGGGCAGCAGUAAGCUCUGAUUUUCCUGUUGCCUUGUGAGUGACCCCCUACAGGAAGAUAACGGAGAAGCCGAGAGGGAGGAGCAGUUAAGCUACACAUGUCUGGCUGCUCUUAUCAACUUAUCAUAUAAGGAAAGGAAAGUGAUUGAUUCACAUACGGACACUGUAGAAUUUGCUCCAAAGAGAAACAGAAGAAACAGCAAAGCUUACUUGUAAAGCUAAGCCAGAACACACAAUUGGGAUAGGACUGUUCUUCCUGCUGGCAUCUAACCGUUUACUGGAGGACUGGAAAGAAAGCAGCAUUUUGUUGUUUUGUUUUGCUUUUAAAUCAAAUUUGCUACUAGAAAAGGUGGGUGGGGGCAGGAACUCAUUGACUGUCAAGAGUGUACUUUACACAUGACAGCAUAGCACAGCAUUUCAGAGGACAAAUGAAUGAUCUGGACUCUUAAGUGCACUGAAGUUUGCUAAGUUGGCUGCAUUCUCCCCGAACGAAAGUAUGUGGCUGAUUGUUUUCUUUACUUUGAGCUAUGAUCUUGUCUUGGCGUCAGCCUACAACAAUUUUCGGAAAAGCCUGGACACCAUAGGGAAGAAGCAGUAUCAGGUUCAGCACGGAUCAUGCAGUUACACCUUCCUAUUGCCGGAGAUGGACAAUUGCCGCUCUACUUCUAGUUCCUAUGUGUCUAAUGCAGUGCAGAGGGAUGCCCCGCUGGAUUAUGAUGACUCUGUGCAGAGGCUACAAGUACUUGAAAAUAUCAUGGAAAAUAACACUCAGUGGCUUAUGAAGCUUGAGAAUUAUAUCCAGGAUAAUAUGAAGAAAGAAAUGGUAGAGAUACAACAGAAUGCUGUACAGAAUCAGACUGCAGUAAUGAUUGAAAUAGGAACAAACCUAUUAAAUCAAACAGCUGAGCAGACUCGAAAACUAACAGAUGUUGAAGCCCAAGUACUGAAUCAGACAACCCGACUUGAACUUCAGCUUUUGGAACAUUCCCUUUCUACAAAUAAACUGGAAAAACAGAUCUUAGAUCAGACCAGCGAAAUAACCAAACUUCAAGACAAAAACAGUUUCCUAGAAAAAAAAGUACUUGAUAUGGAAGACAAGCAUACAGUUCAGCUGCAAUCAAUAAAAGAUGAAAAAGACCAGCUUCAAGUGUUAGUAUCCAGACAAAAUUCCAUAAUUGAGGAACUGGAAAAACAGUUAGUGACAGCCACGGCAAACAAUUCAGUUCUUCAAAAGCAGCAACACGAUCUGAUGGAGACGGUCCACAGCUUGCUAACUAUGAUAACAGCACCAAACUCCAAGAACUCCUUUGUGGCUAAAGAAGAGCAAAUCAUUUUUAGAGACUGUGCUGAGGCUUUCCGAGCAGGCCUUACCACUAAUGGAAUCUACACAUUAACUUUUCCUAAUUCCACUGAUGAGGUCAAGGCAUAUUGUGACAUGGAAACAAAUGGAGGUGGAUGGACAGUUAUUCAGAGGCGAGAAGAUGGCAGCACUGAUUUUCAGCGAACUUGGAAAGAAUAUAAAAUGGGAUUUGGUGAUCCUGCUGGAGAAUACUGGCUAGGAAAUGAGCUUGUUUCCCAAUUGACUAAUCAACAACGCUAUGUCCUUAAAAUACAUCUUAAAGACUGGGAAGGAAAUGAGGCAUAUUCAUUAUAUGAACAUUUCUAUCUUUCAAGUGAAGAACUCAACUAUAGGAUUCACCUUAAAGGACUUACUGGGACAGCGGGCAAAAUAAGCAGCAUAAGCCAACCAGGAAAUGAUUUUAGCACAAAGGAUGCAGACAAUGACAAAUGUAUUUGCAAAUGUUCACAAAUGCUAACAGGAGGUUGGUGGUUUGAUGCCUGUGGUCCUUCUAACUUAAAUGGAAUGUACUACCCACAGAAGCAGAACACAAACAAGUUUAAUGGCAUUAAGUGGUACUACUGGAAAGGAUCAGGAUACUCUCUCAAAGCUACAACUAUGAUGAUUCGACCAGCAGAUUUCUGAUUUUUUUGACUUUGUGAAUGGAAUCUUGUGAGACUUCAUUUGCCAAGCAUUUAAACACACAACUGCAUCAUAUUUUUUCUUCCACCUCAGAAAAUAUGCAUUUGUGCAUCAAAGGAUUGUGUUCUGAACCUCAACACUGUAAUAUCCAUCACUUUACCUAUAUUUUUUGACUAGUCAACACAGGAUCUACAAUAUGAAAUAAAUGGAAUGAAAAUGAUCUAUUGGAAAGACUGUAGAAAAUAAAUUUAUGUUCAAGAGAUAUUCUAAUAACAUAAGGACUCUUCUCAUAAUCAUUGGUGUUAUGUGUGAGUUUAUCAAAGUAAAUAACUGGAACUGUGCAAUAUUCAUAAAUAACACCGCAUCACUAACUUUAAACAUAAUGCUUUGUUACAGUAUUCAAUUAUUCAUAAACGUGAAAUCCAGAUUAUUUUGUUUUAUGCAGUUUGUAGAUUGUGUAAAUAUCCAUAGUUUCUUAAUUUUGCAUCCUAGUAUUAAAAAGAUAAAACUGUACUUUGUAAAAUCCACCAAAAGCCCUUAAAACAUGUAUCCAGGGAUUUCCUCAGAGUCAAAUAGAAGAUGACUUAAUUAAUACAUGGGAAGAAGAAAAUAAAAUCUACAUUUUUGACUCUUCCA